AUGAAUUUCAAUAAAUCAUUAAAAUUAAUUAAUAAAAAUGGAAUCAAAUCAAUGAUUUCAUCAACAUCAUUUUUAAAUAAACCAACAUAUAUAAGAAAACAAUCAAACCAAUUAUUUUUCUCAAGUAAUAAUAAAAAUAACGAUAAUAAUAAUAAUAAUAUCAAUAAUAUCGAUAAUAAUUAUGAAAAUAAAAAUUUUGGAGGAGUUCCUGAAGAAGAUAAAAAAGCAUUACAAGAAAUUUUAGAUAAAGUUGAAUCAGAUAAAGAGUCAUUUAAAAAAUUCAUUGCAAUGGAUGAAGAAAAGACAGGAUUUAAAUAUGAAAAGAGUCCAGUUCUUAAACUUCAAGAAGGUUUGAUAGGUGAAUUAUUUGCUGGUUUUGAAAAAAGAGUAAGGGAAGAUGAAAAAAAAUAUGAUAAAUUAAUUGAAGAUUUAAAUAACAGAAGAAUUGAAAGUCAUAGAUUAUUAAAAAAAGAGAAAUUUAAGUCAAAUAUAUUCCAUUACACGAUUACAGUUUGUGUAAUUAUUAUUGCAAUAAGUUAUUUUUCACAAAUUUAUGAAAGAUCUAAAAACUUUACAAAAAUUUUUGAUGAAAAUUGGGAAGCUUUAAGAGUUAUUGUAAAUAAUAGAGAUUCUCAAAAAGAAAAGAAAUCAAAAUUAAUUGAUUCAAUCUCAACAACUUUAUUACAACAUAAUAACACUGCCACCACCACCACUUCUCAAAAUAAUAAUAAUAAUAUUGAUUUAGAUGAAAUUAAAGAAGAUGUUGAAUCAAUAAUUAAUCAAUUUUGUAUUCAAGAUAAACCUUUAAAUCAAAUCUUUGUUGAUAAUAAUAAUAAUGAUAUUUCAAAUUCAAAGAUUUAA